AUGUCGAAACUUAUUUCUCGCCUAGCAUUCGUCAUUGUAGUAAACUGUUAUCUGGGCUUAGCUGCCACUGCUGAUUCUUCUCCGAGUUUGAUCACUAACAAGAACUUUGGCCAACUGAACGGUGCACAUCUCAAAUUCGCAGUCGCUCACGCUCCGCCUUCAAACGUGUUGACCAAGGAACCCGGUGGAAACUACACUCACACAGGAAUCAGCACAUUACUUAUCGACUGGCUUUCAAAGAAACUCAAUUUUAAGUACACUUAUUUUUACAUACCCAACAACACGCUGGAAGUUAAAUACGGCAACGUGAGCGAGUUUGUCAUCCUUUUCAGACUUCUUACCAAUAAGGAAGUUGAUGGAUUAGCUGUCCCUGCGAUUGCCACCACACAGAGGAAAAAACCGUGGAUUUCGCAUACUUCGUAUGGACAGAUCCUCACGCCAUUGUGGUGCCUCGACGAGGAGAAGAGCCUCGGCUCCUUGCCUUCACUCGACCAUUUCAAAAACCAGUAUAAACGUGUGGGAGGCAGUGUUCCGGGUUCGCGGUUAAGUUUCCGAAUUCUUAUGGGUGCAUGGUUAUUGGCAGCCAUGGUCUUGGUGAACAGCUAUUCCGGCACAGUCGUUUCCUAUCUGACCGCGCCCAAAAUGAUGCCAUCGAUCAAUACGUUAGACGAUUUAGCAGCCAGCGAAGAUGUUGGCAUACUGAUGGUUGAUAACAACGUCAUGGGACAACAAAUAAUGGACGCUAAAUCCGGUCCAUUAAAGAUACUGGGUGACCAGGUUCGUCGCAAUCCCAGUCGCCUAUUGAAAAACAUGUUGCAAGUAGAAACUCUUUUAGAAACUGGACAUUACGCAUUACCUAUUGCAAGUUACCUUAUUUUUUACUUUCAAACUUUUUGCGACGAUUUUGUUGCCAAUAGUUUCAAGAAGGAGGGACAUUGUCGUUUCAAAACAACCGACCCAAUAACCAGUUCCGCAUUCUUUUCUUUGCUCCUGCAGAAAAACAGCAAAUUCACUUCAGAAUUUUAUUUGGCUCAGAUGAAAGCUUGGGAGAUGGGACUUCCUCCGUAUUGGAUGAAAAUUAACAUCCAGCAGGCGCCCAAGUGUUUCACCAAAAAACGACCGGAAACUGCCAAAAAGAAGCCUAUCGGAAUGGACGAUUAA